CAUCCGCUCUAUAUUAUUGCAGAAACACUAAUUGCUCCGUGGUAUCUGUUGUUUGUGAAAAAAUAUAAAUUGCAGUACUACGAUAUUACGAUUGGUAUCAGAGAACAAAAUCAUGGUGUCAACGAAUUAGUGAUGAUAUUCCUUAUGAGACAAUGGAUAUAAAUAAGUGUCUCUUGCUUGGUCAUUUACUCUUACUGAGCUUUAGUUUUUGCAUUGUUAAUGGUAAGAAAUAAAAUAAAUAAUAAUAAAAAGUUAAAGUAGCCUGGCCUAUGCCUAUCCACUAUGCCUAUACUGUAUUGUGUAUCAUAUUAAUUAAUAAGUAUAAAUUAUUAUAAAGUUAAAGACAUCAAAUAAGAAUAGCACUUUAUUUAGUAAAUUAGAUUUAAAGUAAGUUAGACGGUGUACUGUCCUUUGCCAUUGAGUUGUUUAAUUUAAAGUCAGAAAGGCUAGUUAACUAGACAAACUUCUCAAACACUUUUUGAAACACUAGUAAAGUACUAUUACUUUAGUCAAUGACAAUAGCUAGCUACUAUUGGUAGUAUUAGUAGCCUAGCUAUUGUUUGUGCCUAUGCACUGGACUAUUUACUAUAACGAAUUACUACUUUUGCAUAAUAUAGAGAAUGCUCCAUACUAUACUAUAGACUGUCACUAUCGAUAUAAAUAAUAUAAUAUGAUACUAUGACUAUACACAUUCCAUAACUUACCUACUAACCUUCUAUCACAAAAACUUAAGUCUAAAUAAGUUCAAAACACCCAUGUCAUAACAAAAAAAUAAUAGUUAAUAUCGCCAGGCCCUACAGAGUAAUAGAUUAUAGACUCCUCUCACAUUGGCUGAUCAGGGAUAACACAUUUUUAUUGAAUGACAUAUUAGUCAUAUUUAAGGUCAAAUAAAAAUAAUGAUAAAUCUGGCACCGGUUCCUGGUCCUGGUGCUAUGAAAAACUAAUCCAUUGAUCUUAAAAUUUUGGGAAAUGCUCAUUAACACUGGAAAUAGGCCAGGAUGCAGUGUUGAGUGGAUGACCAGUCCAGCAGUAUUUCUGGUGCAUACAAAAUUUCACAUCCCGUUUUCUUCACCUGCUUUGGAUCAUGUAAGUAUGGAUCUCUUCUGCUUGGUCCACCAGGUCCAGCCCUCACAUGCAAAGUAGCCACAUUCAUCCUGCCUUAAGUUAUUUCCCUGUUCACUACAACAAUGGCCUUGGCUGCCUUUGGUUGGGACAAUAGUUCUAGAAGUAGAAUUAUGCAUUGGUAUUAGAAGGCCCUUUAAGGAGCCGCUCAUUUUCCAAAAAUGGAUCCUCUAAUUUUGGUUAUAUUUUUCUAUUUAGUUCAGUCCAAUUUCAUUUCUUCCUUCCUAUUUUGGUGUUAUUUUGCGUGUCCGCCUUCUUGUUGCUAACUGGAUCAAUUACCACAAUAGUUAAGCCAUUUAUUUACACAAGUCUCACUUUUUGGGCCCACCCUGUUUACUUAGUCUUUUUAACACUAGCAAUUAUUUAAACAUUACAUUCUUAUUUUUGCCCCAGCAAGCACUUUACAUGCAUGCUGCUUCCGCUGGGCAUAGCUGUAACUUAUGCUUUCAAUGUUGAUUUCUGGGGGGUCUCAUCUAGUAAGUGCAACAGUCUCCAGCACCUGUCCUCAGUGGCGGCAGUCAGGUCUUGGAGCAGAUGUAAUCUGUUCAGAUAGCUCAGAGUAGGACAAUGAUCCGUCCUCACCUGGGGGGAUGGGGCUCUGGUGCUAGUGCGUCAAACAACACCAUUGAUUUCACAACAUGGGAAGACUAGCAAUUAACGAUUUCUUCUUCUAUUCAACAGGCAUAAAGUGUAUUGAGUGUGAGUACUGCAACCGUCCAGAGGGUGUUGAAAAUAAAACAUGUUUUGUCGAUGGAGGAUACUGCAUAUCACUUAUUGUACGAGACAAAGAGAAGGACAAAGCAGGAGUACAGAUCAGUGAUAAGCCUGUUAUUCGUAUCAGCAGAAGGUAAUUAACAGCACUGCAUCCUUAUGAUAGUCAAUCUUCCUCUUCUAUACAGUUAGUUACUAUACAGGUUAUUUUAUGGUCUGAUGUGGAUUUGGUUGACAAGCUCGGCUUUACUUUGAUUACUUUUUUGUUCAAAUAUAUCUAUGUGAUGUUCCACAGCCUUUUUUGAAUGAGACUUAAGAUAAAUAAUUCCUUUUUGGAAGAUUAUAAGCUCAGCAAGAAGACUCUUGGUAUUUAUAUUUUCAAAUUUGUUCUUUUAUUUAUGUUCAUGACAAACUGAGGCGUCUUUUUUUAUUUUUUUAUAUCUAUUUUUACAGAUGUUUGGAAAAGGGGAAAACCUUUUUGCCCAAUCGUCCACUAUUUUGUUCUGUGAAUGAAUUUCAUAAGCAUCAGCAAAAUGUUAGGUGUUGUAAAGAUCAGGACCUUUGCAAUUCAAUAGCACCAGAGUUGACUCCCAUACCAUCUAAAGUAGUCCAAACUCCUCCAGGUAAUUGAUUUUAAAAUUUUGUUCCUUAAAUUAAAGUGAAUUCAAUUAAUUUUUAUAAGCAUCAGCAAAAUGUUUAGUGUUGUAAAGAUCAGGAUAUUUGCAAUUCAGUAGCAAAUGAGAGUUGACCCCUGUGCCAACCAAAAUUCUCUUUCAUCCUCCAACUAAUUGAUUAAAAUUUGUGUACAUUAAAGUAAAUUGAAUUGAUGUUAAUUUUUCUAUUAUGUAUAGAUUAAUUAAUCCUUCAUUAGGCCUUUUGUAGGCCUUGUGUUACCAUUAUUUUACUUUGAAUAAGGCUCUAAAAUGUUACAACAUGAUGCCUCUUAAUAUUUACCAUACAAAUUCAUUCUAAAGGACAUUCAUUCAUAAGUUGAUGUACUAGUUUUUGCAGGGAAAAGCAUCAAAAGUGAGAGUAUAACCAACUCAUAAGCUGACCCCAUAAAAAAUAUGCUACUGUAUGCAAUAAUUCAUUAGAGAAAUUCAAUAUUUUUUUUUUAGAAUCUUAAUUUUUUAAAAAUUAUCAUUGUGUAACAGGCUUAAAAACUAAUCAACAUACAGGAUAAUAAUAUAAGACAGGCACUAGUUUUGCACAUUAUGACCAUGCUGAACAUUUUCAGAAAUAGAUGACUGCUGCUUGGAAAGAAAGAUGUGACCUUUUUGUCUGUCCCCCCCCAUUUUCCUGCAAUAAAUAUCAGUAAACAAUUCUCCAUAAGUGCAGAUCAUGUUAUCGCUAUCUGGUUACUGGUAUUAAAUAUAGGAAUAUGAUGUACCAAACCAUAUCAAAAUGAGAUGUACUCUAAUGUUCUAAAAAUAGUUUUCAACUGCUGCUACACUCUUGUAUAUUAUGACGACCUGAUCUUGUAUUGUGGAACAUUUGACAAUAGAUUGUAAGAACCCAAAUUUAUAAAAUUUAUUAGUUUUUUUAUAUAUUCACUGUUUUAUUAUAUGGAUUUGUUUGAGAUUCCAAAUUAGUGUCAGUAUAAAUUUUAAUUUUACAGGAAUCUGUAUUACUACAUCUAACAUAACUGACUGAGGAAUUACGUCUAAUUACAUCUAAACUGCUAUCAAAUUCAUCAUCUGAGUCCACUUUUAACAAAAUUACCAUUGAGUAUUGUAAAAGAACUCAAAAUUUGAUCAAUUUUUUUAUAAAAGUUGUGAUCUAUCCAUUUAUGAAUGUAGUGUACAUGCUUGAAAUGAGCAUGAAGCGAAAGGGUAAUUAUUCACAAACUUUAGUUGUUGCAAUGUUAUGUUGACGCCACCACUUGGUGUUGUGUGGAUAUAAGGUGUUAAUAUAUAUAUAAUUUCCCUUCAUUGCCUUGUGUUGGUUUUUUAAAGGGGAUGAUAAAGCUUGUCACAAGCACUUUGAUGUCUCUUUUGUCAAACAUGUGGCAUGCGCUGAUAGGUAAAGACUCAAAAAUUCCAUCCAGACAUCCACUAACUUUCAAAGGAAACUUCCCCUGGGGUGUGUCUACUUCAAAAUGUAUGUUUUAGAAAUGAGUAUAUGCUAUUCAAUGGACAGUUAGCAGCAAGAUAAAAUAAUAACAUUAAAUAAAUAAGAUAAUUGACAAUUCUCUCUCAUUCAGCUCCAUAGAACCCGUACAUCAAAGAAGUUGGUGCGGGCUUUAAUUUUAUAAAGUGAUAACACUGUGUUUACAGCCGUUACCAGUGCAUUAAAUAAUGCCCCAGUGAAUAAAAGUGAUAGCUAACGCUAUUGUUUGGGAUAAAGGGUAAUAAUCUCUGGGUAUAUUAAAAAGUUUCAGACAAAGAUUAAAACAAUAUUAACACUUGUUCUUGCUAAGAAUUACACAAGCAGGGUUGUAACUAUGGUGUUCUACCAGCUGAAAUGCUCUCCAAGCUACUACUUCUUUUGCUACCAUGCUUGCUAUUCAAUAAGAACUAAAUACUUGUCACUGAAGCUCCACUCCCAAAUUUUAUUUGUAGACCUUACCUCAUAGAUAUCCAACCAAUCAGUCUCUUUGAAUUCUCAUAGAUAUCCAACCAAUCAGUCUCUUUGAAUUCUCAUAGAUAUCCAACCAAUCAGUCUCUGAAUUCUCAUAGAUAGCCAACCAAUCAGUCUCUUUGAAUUCUCAUAUAAUCCAACCAAUCAGUCUCUUUGAAUUGACCAAAGGUGUUUAAGCUUCUAUUUCACCAACAUUGAAUUUCUUGUAAGAGUCAAAUCAAAUGUCCACAUCUGCCGCCAUUUUUGAAGUGGCAUUUUCUUUUCUAAAUCUCUGUGUACAUCAAUUCAAAUCCUAAACCAGUUUUCUAGUUUUAAAAACAUGUAAAUAAUACAGGUAAAAUGUAUCGCUUGGCAUGAAUGCUGCCACCCUGCUUUCAAACAAAAACAAAAUAUUCAGUGUAUGCCUCAUUAACUCUUAAAAGUACAUUUUUUUCCUACUUUUUAUGUUGGUUUUUUUUUUUUACUUUAUUCGUUCUUUUUCAGAAAAUUUCCUGAGCUCAACGGAUCUUGUUGUGAUGAUUGUUCUGCCCAUAAUAGUUUUCAGUAUUUGUGUGCUGGGUCUUGUUGUAUUUUGUUACCUACGAAGGCGGCCUCAUCCAUAUGCACAGCCUCUCGAUCAACACUGUGACACCAGCCUUUUGAUGGGCUCACAACCUUCGUCUCUUAAAGAGCUUUAUGACUGGUCACAAUCUGGCUCAGGUUCAGGUGAGUGGCAGUUACUGUGUACACUUUGUUAAUUCCAUAUCAGUUGUACAUCUCUGGUUAGACUAGUAAGCUGUGCCCAGAUGACAGCCAACUCAUUUUUUUUACUAACAAUUUAAAUAAUUUUUUUCUAAUUGAUCGCGUGAAACUUAAUUUUGAAAAUAUAAAAAGAAUUUAAAUAUUCAAAAGUUGAAACUAUAAAGUUAAAAACAUUCAUUGCCAAUAAAGAUGUUUGGCCUUUGUUAAUCUGAAUUCAAUGGUGAAUGGGAUAGAUUUGGUCUUUAGACCUUAAAUGGUCUGUAGGCAAUGACAAAUAGUUUGAUCCUAAUGGCAAACUUCUUAACAAUAAAUUUAAAAUUAUCAUUUAAAUUUUCUGUUUCAUUGACCUGAUCAACCUGUAAUGUGCUUAAGCAAGUCAUUACUUUAUUUCAAAGUUUUUUUAUUAUUCAAGUCUUCCUGAACUGGGUAAAUAAAUUGUGGACUUUAUCAUGUCAUCAUUAUAUUUCAGGUCUCCCAUUGCUAGUACAGCGAACCAUAGCUCGUCAGAUAAGAUUAUGUGAAAUCAUCGGUAAAGGACGUUAUGGUGAGGUUUGGCGGGGUAACUGGAGAGGAGAAAAUGUUGCAGUGAAGAUUUUCUCAUCUCGAGAGGAGAGGUCCUGGUUCCGUGAAGCAGAGAUUUACCAGACUGUUAUGUUGAGGCAUGAAAACAUAUUGGGAUUUAUAGCUGCUGACAACAAAGGUAAAAUAUUAAAUUGCUUUGUUUGGACCUGCAAAGUUUAUAUACAUUAUCUGAGUUGUAAGUUAUCAACUUUAUAAUCUAAUACUUUUUUUAUAACUGGCUCUUGUAUCUAUCAUUUUCUUUUCUUAUAUUUGGUCAAUAGUGUUUGACAUAACAAUCAUUUUUAAAACUAUUAUUUGUUUAUUUUUUUUAAUUCCCUAGAUAAUCUUUCUAAAGCCAGUUCGUUAUUUUUUUCCGUGAACCCCUUUAUCUGGAAAACCCGAAAAGUGUAUAACUCGCUCAUACGCCAACCCCUUCAACAGACCUGGUUGCUCUUAUGAUUUUAAGAUGUCAUUUCAGAUUGUACGCCAAGACCUGUCAGAACUAUAGUUCUAAGUAUAUUCCUGUAGUUUUUCUGAUUAAAUCUCAAAAUAAAAGAGAUGGAAAAAUCUGUCGUAUCCGACAAUUUUAAUUAUCUACUUUUGGAAGUAACUUUUUUUUUUUUUUUUUCAUCAUCUUAAUUCAAUCCGGCUUUACUAACCAUGCAAGCAGUAGCAUAGCCAGUGGUGGGGCUCCCCCUAUGAAAUUUUUUGCAAAACAUGGGAGAGGGGAUUUUUUUAUUUUCUUCUUUUGGAAGUAUCUUUUUUUUUUUUUUUUUUUCAUCAUCUUAAUUCAACCCGGCUUGACUAACCAUGCAAGCAGUAGCAUAGCCAGUGGUGGAGCUCCCCCUAUGAAAUUUUUUGCAAAACAUGGGAGAGGGGAUUUUUAAGAAUUAUUGUUAUUUUUUUUUGGCUCUAAACAUGACAACUGAAAGAUCUCAAUUUAUUUGCACUAAUUAUUCAAAUGACAUCAAAAACUUUCCUUUACCUUGCCUUGAAGUGUAGGCUUUUUUUUUUUUUCUCACAUUGUUUUGGUUUUACACUAUAAUUACACUAGUUUGUGAGGAUUUUUUAAACUUCUUAUUAAGUUGGGCCUAUAGUUGCGUUAUUUACCCCUGGUAUGUUUUUUUUAUGAAUAUUUAAAACUUCUGGUUAUGUAUUUGAAUCUUGUAGAGUGUGCGGUAAACUAUUACCUUAGCUACUACAGUAGCUAUUUCAUUGUACUUGGUGUUAUUAUACAAAUCUCCUAUUACCCUCUCAUAAGCUGAACACCCCUCCCAUUUAUUCCCCUGAAUUUUUUUUCUUAAUUCAGCUUCAUACAGUAAGCAGGAAGUUGCUUUCAUGUUAAUUAGAAAAUUUCAGUCUUCAUAAAACUUUUAUUUUACAAAAUUCUACUUCUGGUAAAGCGCUUAGUGCCAGUCUUUUGGCUUUAGAAAAUAAGGAUGUCAUUUGUUUAUUUAGAGACUCAAUAAGAUCUUAUCUCGCUGCCACUCCACAGACAAUGGCACAUGGACCCAGCUCUGGCUAAUCACUGACUACCAUGAGAACGGCUCCUUGUUUGACUUUCUCAACCGUCAGACCGUCAGCCCCAUGGGUAUGGUACGUCUAGCCCAUACAGCUGCUUGUGGAAUGGCACAUCUUCACAUGGAGAUCUUGGGAGCUCAGGGUAUUGUUAAAAUUUACUCACAUUGUCAUGUGACAACCAUGGGAGAGCUUUGCAAACUAUGUCACAUGGCUGACAUGUAAUUUUUAAACUUGUUACAUUUGGACAUGACACACCUUGUAACAAAUAUAUUGAAUAGCAAAAUACUUUCUUGUGGUUCUAAAAUUUAACACUCCUAUUUUUUUCAAAAAUACAUCAUAAAUAUUUGCAUUAGAAAUAAAAUUGUUUAAUUUAACAACAAUAGAGAAGGCUGGUACGACAAUAAAUGCAGAGAGACUGUGGAAGAAAGAAACAAAGCACGAAUGAUCAUGUUACAAAGGGAAACCAGAAAGACACACAAGCAUACAAGAAAGCCAGAAGGAAAGCAACAAAAAUGUGUAGGAAGAAAAAGAGGGAAUGGGAAAAGGAUAAACUAAAGGAAAUAGAAGAUUUAUCAAGAGAGGGAAAUAUAAGAGGAAUGUACAUGAAGAUAAAAGAUGAAAAGAAUGGAUACCAAGCCAGACCGCAAAUGUGUGAGAGCCACAAUGGAGAAUUAAUCACGGAAAAUAGUAAAGUAUUGGAGAGGUGGGCUGAAUAUUUUGAGGACAUACUGAAUGCAGACAAUAGACAAAAUGAAGAUUAUCAACCCCCACAGGGAGGACCAGACCCGUUUAUACAAUGCCCAACCCUAGAAGAAACCAAAGAGGUAAUUAAUUACAUGAAAAAUCACAAAGCCCCCGGACAAGACCUUAUCACAGCAGAACUGAUUAAAUAUGGAGGAAAAGAACUACACAAUCAGAUACAUAAACUUAUAACUAAAAUUUGGCAAGAGGAGAAAAUCCCGACAGAAUGGGAAACAGCAUUAAUAACCCCAAUACACAAGAAAGGCUCCAAACUUCAGUGCACAAACUACAGAGGAAUCUCCCUAUUAAAUGUUACAUACAAAAUACUGACUAAACUUAUUGCCAAAAUACUACAACCUUACACUGAAGAAAUACUAGGUGAUUACCAAUGCAAAUUCAGGCCUAACAGAUCGACUGAUCAGAUUUUCACCAUCAGAUGCCUAUUAGAGAAAUGCUAUGAAUUUAAUAUACCAGUACAUCAACUCUAUGUCGAUUAUAAAAUAGCCUAUGACAGCAUCAAAAGAAACUAUUUAUAUAAGACUCUGCAGGAGUUUGGGAUACCCAACAAACUGACAAGGCUAAUACAUGUAACACUAAACAAUUUAAAAAGCAAAAUCAAGAUUCAAGGAGAAUAUUCAAGGGAAUUUCAUAUUAGACAGGGAGACUCACUGUCUUGUAUGCUCUUUAACCUAACAUUGGAGAGAGUUAUUAGAAACAUACACAUUGACACUCGAGGAAUGAUAACAGGAUACUUUUUGAGGGAAACUCAAGACCCACAACCAACGGGCACACUCUACAACCAACCACUUCAGUAUCUUGCAUAUGCUGAUGACAUAGCACUUCUAUGGAAAAGUAUAAAAGACAUAUCAAAAUCCUUUAUUGAAUUAGAAGACCCAUCUUUACAAGCAGGGCUGGAAGUUAACAACCAAAAAACAAAAUACAUGACCAUGAUAAGAGAGAAACAAUUAAAAUUAGAAACCAAACUUUUGAAAAAGUAAAUCAAUUCAAAUACCUAGGAUCCUUGUUAAAUGAAAGAAACGAAUCACUAACAGAAAUAAAAGAAAGAAUAUCAGCCGGAAACAUGGCAUACUUCAGUAGUCAGAAAAUACUCAAAAGUAAAAACAUUUCAAGAGAAACAAAGAAAACUAUUUAUAAAACUGUGAUCAGACCAGUUGUAACAUAUGCAAGUGAAACUUGGACCCUAACAAAAACAGCAGAAAACCUAUUAAACACAUGGGAGAGGAAAGUUCUCAGGAAAAUAUAUGGGCCAACAAAGGAUGAAUAUGGAUGGAGAAUACGAACCAACCAGGAAUUAUACAGUCUAUAUCAGGAUCCUACGAUAGUGGCAGAAAUAAAAAGAGGCAGGCUACGCUGGGCAGGACACCUAGAGAGAAUGCCAAAUGACAGAGGAACGAAGAGGGUACAUCACCAAUACCCCAGAGGAAAAAGGCUCAAAGGCAGACCUAGGCUUAGGUGGAUAGAUGAUGUAGAAAAAGAUCUACAGCAGCUGAAAGUCCAAGCAUGGAAAAGAAAGGCAUUAGUUAGGUCUGAGUGGAAGGAAGUAGUGAGGCAGGCCAAAGCCCUACAUGGGCUGUAGCGCCACAGGGAUGGGAUGAUGAUGUUUUUCCCUACCGUGUAUUUCAUAUUUUCUGUAACAUUUAAACAGUCUGAUUAAAUCAUACAUUAUUUUUCUGUUCGUUGCUUGCUACCAUAUCAGCUUAGAAUCGUAUACCAAUAAGAUUUCAAUCCUACGCAGUCUGGAUGUUUUACUUGUCUGCAGAAGGCAGGGGAUAAGCAGAGUCAAUAUUUGUAUAUGUCCCAAUUUUUAAAAAACUGACCUAACCAGCUUGAUUAUCCUCAUUGGCAUAAACUAUACCAAUUUAUUUUUGACAUAAUAAUAUCCCUAAAAAGUUAUCUACCCCCAGUAUCCAAUGAAGUAACAAAAGUUUAAAUACAGUUUGGAAUGUGUUUGAUUUCUCCUACAGCUGUGGGCAUUAAGAGGAAGACGAUAAUGUUUUUCUCUAUGACCCAACUAUCUAAUUAAUCAAUUAGUUUCCAUAAGACAUCACUUGUUUAAUAAUAAAUUUUAAAAUCGUAAUGUAUUUUUAUUCACUCUUCAGGAAAACCAGCCAUUGCUCACAGGGAUCUCAAGUCCAAGAAUAUUUUAGUUAGAAGCAAUGGCACCUGUUGUAUAGCUGACCUUGGUAAGCACUUAUUUUAACUCUAGGCGCUAGGUACCGUAUUUUACAGACUAUAACACGCACCUUAAUUUUUAAGCAAUUUCUUUAAAAAUAACAUUCUUACCAUUUUUAUAUUAAUUUCGUCGACGCACCUGAAUUUUGGAGGCAAUUUUUUGAAGAAGAAAAUGUGUCUUAUAGUCUGUAAAAUACGGUAGCUGGUAGUUUAAUUUUAAUGAUAUUAUUAACACUGUACGUAUUCUGCUUGGCACUUUUUAAAGACAUAAAGCAUCUUGAUCUAAUGUUUGUGAUGCAUGCUCUCUAUAACACUCAGUGUUCUAUUUAGUUGCAUCAUUUACCACUGCUCAGUGUCAAGUGUUAACUGGUUUAACUCCCAUGUCUUUUUUCAUUGUUUUACCAAGCCUUUUUCAGACCCAUAAAAACAAAAUGACUUUAAACUUAAAUCUCAAUCCUUAGACUUAGACUACCACAAAAGACAGCCUUAAUUGUAGUAAUAGAUGGAAAGAAUCUUAAAUGUACUUUUUUUUUUUAUAAUUGUCUAGUUGGACAUUCAAAAAAUUUUGAAACAAUAAGAAUUAAUUUCUUCUGUCGUGAUAUAUAUUUUUGGACACAGAUAAUAAUAUCGAAAGCUAGUCGUCUGUCAUGAAACUGGACAGUCGGAGUCUGUGUUGUGUGGAUUUGGGUUAACGUGACUUUACCAAUUCUAAAAUUACUUGCAGUUCUGGGAUUACAACAAAAUCUUUGCCAUCCGUUGCCUAUAGAUAAAUUAUUGAUAAAGCGUUAGCUGGUACCAUUGACCAAUGUAAAAAAAAAAUUCAAUGGGUGACCAGCUACAAUGAGGUUAUGUCAAAGAGUUAGGAAGAUACUACUUUGUUAGACCUCUGCUUUGAAUCAACUUUUUCAGUCAUAAAUAAAUUUCCAACUCCACAGCUCCUAUCUAGUCUCCUUUGAUUUGGAUGUGAAAUUGUGUAAAAUGCUCUUGUUGAAAUAUAUAUAAAUUAGUAAAAACCAGGUAACAUUUGAACAAACACAACAAAUUAUGACAAUAUUUCAUUUUUAUCACAAGGUAUUCUACGCAGUUAACUGCCAUCUGAUAUAUGCUGGAAAAUAGGGAGAUAGAAUUAUACAGAAAAUUCUUCUCAUCUUUUAUCAUGUUUUCUUUGUUCAUUGGGCGGUUCUCUUCUGUCCAAUUUCAACCCUACCUGAGCAUUCAACCAGGACGCAAAGACACUUCGCCACUGACCCAAAAAGUAUUUGUUUUAGCUUUAGUAGAGGAUAUUGGUCACACUUCCUGCUUCAUUGUGACCUUGUUUGGGCUCUUGCACUAUUUUAUUUUCUUUGUGACAUUACAUUCCUUUAUUACCAUAAAGCAUCAGAUUCAGAUAGUCUUGUAGUUGAGGUACCUUCUGUAGUACAUUCUUAGAGAAUAAGACUGCUGUCUUUACUUUUGAAACUCUAAUACAUUGGUUCUCAAAGUUGGCGGUACCGCUCCCCAGAUGCCAAUGGGAUUGGGAAGUGGGGAAGGGGGGGGGGGGCUUAAAGGCUACUGGGGAAACUUAGAGGGUUGGGGGGUUUGUAUUGGAAAUACUUAAUAAAAAAUGUUAAAUGAUAUAUUUCAGAGAAAGACCAGAACCUAUAUUUGGUUAUCAUUUUCAUUAAUAAAGAAGUGUCAAUGAUAGAGACAUUUUUUUUUCUCUCUUGACAAGAGGUAAAAGACAUUUGAUCUAUUUUUUUAAACAGAUGCACAAUGGGCAAUUAACAUUACAUUUAAAGUUAGCUAGAUGCUCCAUGCAAACAGCACCUGGUCCAAGACUUUUAGUAUUUAAAUGGACUUUAAAACUCACCUGAACACCAACAAACUUUUUUUGCUCAUUUUAUAAAACAUGACUUGUGUGCAUGGUAUGUUGCAAUAUUUCAUUGUUAAUGAUAAAUUACAAAAUUCACAACCAAGAAUCUGUGAAACAUUGAUCCUACCAGCUGUUAGCCAGAGUCAUAAUUUACAUUUGCAUGGGAAUGAGACCAGCCUUUUCAAACCUAAUAUGUCUUACUUACUUGUCAAUAAACUUAGAAAUCAGUUUGAGUGAAAUAAUUGGGCGCCCAGAGUUGUACUAAAAUCCUAGCCCUUCAAAACUGGAAAAGAAGGGUGAGGUGCAAGAUAAUUGUCUGCUGGUACUUGGCGACAAUUAGGAUAUGCAACAAGAGAUAUUAAUUUUUAUGCUAAUGCAGUAAAGGAGGAAGACAGUUUUUGAAGUGAGGGAGAGUUGCUGACUUCGUCAAUCUCUGGCCUAUUUUAUUCAAUGGCUAGACUUAGGCGAGACACCUGGAAAUAGACCAGGAUGCAUUAGAUGACCAGCAGUGGGUGUUUCAUAAGACAUCACUGUGCUCUUUAUGCAUUCCAUGUCGCAGGAGUUGUGGGAAUUUUCAUGGAGUCAUUGUCGUAACACCUACGGGGCUCCUUCUCUAAACUUGAUUGUGAAGUUCUCUGAGAUGAGUUGCCAUCCAAGGUUAAUGAGUCCCAUCCACCUGGGGUUCUGAUGUUUUUGUUUAUCUAGGCGUUUUUGGGGGAUUGAACUCCAGCCCAUUAGCUUGGGAUUAACUCAGUUUAGAUCACUCAGCCACCCAGCACCUUCUUAAAAAUAGUAGCAACUAUUUUGGCUACAGUAUAAAAUGAUUAUAUUCUCUACCUUGGAAUGCUUCUGGUUGCUUAUAAUUUGGCUCCACGGGGGACGGUCAUGGCAAAAUUUUGGGGCCGUGGUGAGUUUGGCUGGGAAAACUUUGAGAACUAUUUCUGUAAUAUGUGAUGGUGACAAGGACAGAAAGAGGUAGUCAUGCAUUCCUAUUUUGAUUAAAGUUCUCCUCUAUUUUAUAAAACAGGUUUGGCGGUGCGUCAUGAUUCUAAGCUGGACAGUGUAGACAUAGCUCCCAACAACAGAGUCGGCACUAAACGCUACAUGGCCCCAGAGUGCUUAGAUGAGACCAUUAACAUGGAUCAUUUUGAGUCUUUCAAAAGAGCAGAUGUCUAUUCAUUUGGUCUAGUACUGUGGGAAAUAGCCAGGCGAUGUUCUGUAGGAGGUAGGUGGCCAUUACUUGAAGUUACUAGACAUUAAACACUCUUUGGAGUUGUUUUUUUUGUAUGUAAAAUUAAGCAUUAUUUUGUUAAAAUAUCUAAUUUUAUGAAUUAAAUUGAUCAUACAUUAUGAUCACUAAAACAUGGGUUUGAUAGAAUUUAUGUUUCGCUAUAAGUCAUUUAAAGGAAUAUGUAUUAAAAACAUUUUUUAAAUCGUUGCAGGCAUUUUUGAAGAAUAUCAACAGCCGUAUUAUGAUUUGGUACCCUCUGAUCCCUCACUUGAAGAAAUGCGUAAGAUUGUUUGUGGAGAUAAGCAGAGACCAGCUAUUCCCAACAGGUGGCAAAAUAUUGAGGUAUAUGAUUUUUCUUUUAUUAGAGAAACAAUAUGCAUCAUUUUUAAAGUCUGAUUGUUUUAAAAUUUAAAAAAAAUUGAGAAGUUACUCAGCAAAUGGAGAAGAGCAAGUAUUGGUAACAAAUAUUCAAAUCAAAUAAAUGUCAAAAAUUUGGGCGCCACAGAUGACAUGAAAACUAUCCUUCUCCAUUCCUUCUGUUUUCUGCACUUCACACGGCAUAACCUAGUUUUAGUCCCGAUCACUCUUUGAUGUUAUCUUACCAUCUUUUUCUCUGUCUUCCUCUUCUUCUCCCUCCUCUCAUUGUACCCUGCAUGAUUUCUUUGGCGAGCCCUUGUUUCUUUUCACGUGGCCAUAUUCCAGUUUGCGCUUUUCUACAGUCACCAGGAGGUUAUCGUACUGCCCAAUUGCUUCAUGAAUCCUUUCUUUCAUUGGUUCGUUAGAGAUAUGGUCUCUACUACAGAUACCACGAAUGCUUCUGAAAAAUCUCAUCUCCAUCGCCUUUAUAUUUCUUUCAAGUUCUGCUGUUAAUGUCCAAGACUCACAGGCAUACAGGAAAAUAGAGAGGACUAAUGAGCGCAUCAGCCUGAUUUUGAUGCUGGGGGCUAUAUUUUUGUAGUUCAAUAUUUUCUUAAGCCUCUUUAGUGCUGUUGUGGUCUGGGCAAUCCUGGAGAUUAAUUCGGGCUUGGAGCCUUCUUCGGAGACUAUUGCUCCUAGGAACUUGAAGCUGCCUAAAUCUUUCCUCCCCGACCUUAAUUUCAGUGGCGAUGCCGGUGGUGCUAUUCAUCAUUAGUUUUUUCUGCACUGAUUUCAAUGCCAAAAGAUGAUGAAGUCUUGUUGAGACGCUUUACUAGGUUGGCUAGCUCUUCUUCGCUUCCAGCCAGUCCAUCUAUGUCAUCCGCAAAGGGUAGGUUGGUGAUUGUUCUGCCACCAAUGCUGACUGUUCCUGCAUGCGUUUCCAGUGCAUCUGACAUAAUUCUCUCUAAAAAAUGUUGAGCGGGGGGGGGGGGGGGGGGGGACCAAGCAGCCUUGUCGUACUCAAACCGAGGUCUUGAACCAUUUUCCGAUGUUAUUGUUGAAGAAGACUGCACUGGUGGCCUUAUCAUAGAGGAUGCAUAUCAUUCUGGUUAGGUUUGUGCUGAUGUUGUAGUGCCUCAUGGUUGCCCAUAAAGCAGCAUGCCAAACCCUGUCGAAUGCCUUCUUGAAAUCCACAAAGACGUGGUAUAGGUUUUGUUGGUGUUGAGUAUAUUUCUCACAUAGUAUUCGGGGGUUUAGAAUCUGCUCAGUAGUGCCACGUCCUUGCCUGAAGCCCGCCUGUUCUUCAGCAAUGAUUCUGUCGGCACAUGGUCUUAUUCGGUUCAAUAUGACCUUGCUUGGGUGGCUUUUUGGGCUAAUGAUGUGAUAGUUUUGGCAUAGCUGUAGGUUACCUUUCUUGGGAGGGUGAUGAUGAGCGAUUGGGUCCAUGAUUUGGGCCAUUCCCCUGUGAGCCAUAUUUUGUUACAAAUAUUGAUUAGGGCAUUUAUCAUUUCUUCUCCUCCUUGUUUCACCAACUUGGCAGGGAUAUUAUCCACUUCUGCUCCCUUUCCUUGGACUUCUAUUUCUGCGCGGAGAAUAGGGUAGUAUUCAUUAUCCGUUGCUGGAGGGACAUUAAGGAUCUCUGGAUCUGUCUUUAUAUUUUCAUUAUACAGCUCUGAGCAGUAUUCAGUCCAUCUUUUCAGGGUAUCAUUUUCCUCUGUCAAACAUUUACCGUUUUUAUCUUGUAUGGUAGUACUAUGCGUUCCAGGUUUCCGGUUGACAAGUCUGUUGUGGCUUGCCGAUUAGGAAGCGUCGGCCACCGACCCCCUCGGCGUUUGCCUGGAAACAUAACUACUGGGCACGCCCCGCGUGGGCAGACAAAGGGUGUGCUCGGUACCUGCCGUACAUAAAACAGCUCCCACAGGGCUGCCGGUUGCGAUAUUUCGCAGUCGGAAAGUUAGGCAGAGCCAGGGUAGGGAUCAUGAUUACAAGUUGCCGUUGGCGGGUAUGAGGCCAGAAGUGAGGGUGGUAACCUCUGGCCGAGGAUUCAAAUAAUGCAGCCGUGAGAACGCUGCCCCUAGGCAACCGUUUCGUCCCAGCUAUAGCGUGAACUAGUCACGUUGUGGAAACCCACUGUGGAAUCCGACGCUUUCCCGGGAUGGAUGGGGGAAGAUAUUAGGACGUACAUUUUUCCAUCCCGACUCCUAGAGAAAGUCGAUCGAGUGCACUGUUUAAACGCAUAGUGUCGGAUCGACCGGGUGCCUCCUCGUUGGGGCGGCCCCCAAGCGGGAUCCUGGUCGAGCGCCCAGGCGCCCAGGUGGGGGAUUUGGGUGAGGGGCCCGUGUCGGGGCCGUCCUGACGAGUGGGAAUCUCCAACGUGCCGCUCCGCGACCCGAUACGUCGGACCGGGGAGGGGUAAUUUGGGGGGGGGGGGCAUAAAGAGUCUUAGACUCGCCCCCCUGACGUCAUUUCUUAAUGUAACAUAUAAUGAACAAAAAGCAAAAUCCUGACGAGUGGGCAUCUCCAACGUGCCGCUCCGCGGCCCGAUACGUCGGACCGGGGAGGGGUAAUUGGGGGGGGGGGCAUAAGAGUUUUAGACUGGCCCCGCUGACGCCAUUUCUUAAUGUAACAGGUAGUACUAUGCCCUUGAUUUGCAGUGAUUAUUUCUUUCACCAACUGGUAUGCCUUUUUGCUAUUGUUUUUCUUCAAGCAUUUUUUAAUGUCAAUCCAGUUCUUCUUUGCCAAAUAAAUAGUGAAUGUAUUUUGAAAGUAACACUAAUUGUAUAGAUCACAAAAAAUAUAUAGCAUAGUCUUGUGCCACAACCACAUCUAUUUUGGGACAAUUGAUAUCCCUUUUCCAAAUCUAAAAAAAAAUGUAUAAAUAUAUAUAUUUAGUUAGAGCUUUUUGUUGUUGAAACAUGUUCCCGUUAACGGAUAUGAGGCUUGGGUGGCGGUAAAACCCAUGCCGAUGAUUUAAGCUACAGUUCUGUAGAGGCUGAUUAAAUCAGCCAUAUCAUCACAGCACCAGCCAUAGCAGCAGAGGAUUGGCGGUUAUGACAGUUUGUGGGUUAAUCAACGUCUGCAAAAUUGCGCUGUUAUGGUGAAUCAUCACAGAUCCUUGUAAUUGUUCCCCACUGGUUCAUAUGCCUUUCUUGAGACUCGUGUAAUCAGACACCCCCUUCCCCCCCACCCUUCCUCCCCCAAGUCCAUACACAUAUACUUUUGUUGCAGCCUUGUUGUAACAAGUUUUCUAUUUGGUUACAAUUCCAGUCUCUUCGUGUCAUGGCUCGCCUGAUGAAGGAAUGCUGGUACAGUAACGCUGCGGCCCGUCUCACAGCUCUGCGUAUUAGGAAAACAUUAGCAUGCCUUGCUGAACAAGAGGAUAUAAAAAUAUAGAGAUUAUCCCGUGGCCAGAUUAUUUGAAGGGCGAUGUGAGGAUGAACACCCCCUUUAGAAUGAGUCCACAUGGGCAACAAGAGCAGGAUGUGCUAGUGACAUUGUAUAACUAAUUAUUUCAGAGUAAUACAUUUUAAUGUAAGAUGUAAUUUUGUUUAAGCACUGUCCUUCUUGAAAGAGUUUUACUAUCAUACUAAAAUGUAUGCAUAUGGUUGUCUUAUCAAUUUUUUUACAAUUAUAUUUAACAUGUUUAUAUGAUAAGUUUGUUGAAAUAUUAAUGACUUUGCAUAAAUGGCAUGUAAGUGACCAUGUGAUGCUUUAAAAUAUUAGUUUUAUACAAUAAGCUCUGGUAAAAAUUGAGAGACAAGAGCACUGUUUGUGAAUAUUGGUUUGAGAGUCAAAAAUACUGAACGUGAGAUAACACCAAAGCACUUCAUGUAGUGCUUAAGAAAAAAGAAUAUUUCAUUGUUGAGUAUUGACUUAAUAAGCUUAUCUCUGUUUUUGAAAUAUUUUAAUUAGCAGUCAGGUGUAUUUUUUUUUUUUUUGUGUGUAAACAUUUGAUAUUGUCGAGUCCAGUUAUCUCUCUUUUUAAUAAUGUACAAGCCUAAAGGAUGAACUCAAUUGUAGAGAAAUGUUAACAUGGUGUCACCGUUAAAGCAUCCAUUUAAGGUUAUCAUAUGGUUUAAUUCCAAGGGUGAGAGAAAAAGUUAAUUCAAGACACAAUAACUCAUUUGAAUAUAAAUACAUUCUUGAAAUCAUUUCUUUGCUGAAAGUCUAAAAAGUUUGUCCAGUUUCAUCUAAGUUAGGCAGGCUGAAUUAUGUACCGGUACAAGGAAUUCUGAACUAAACCUAUAGUAUAAGCUUCCUGCUGUAAUUUUAAUUCACUAGAAUCUGAGAAUAAACUUGGAUACUUUCUUAAAAAUUCCAGUUGAAAGUGCCUUAAAAUGUCCAAGGAAGUAAUCAGCCAUGAUUUUUUUUUUUUCAAUGAAAUCUUUGCUAAUUAAUUUUAGUCAUUUUUUUUUUUAUUAAGGCUUGUGAAAUAAACUUGGACAUUUUGUAUCCUUACCUGUCAGUGUGUCAAUUCAGCUAAAUUUGCUGAGUAAAGCAAAAUCAAGAUUGUACAUUGCAAGUAGCCCCAGCCUGUCAUAUUAAUGAACACAACAUUUAGAUGGAGCGACAAUAUGAUUUAAGUGUAAAUAUUUUAUCCCAUUUAUCAUGUGACAUACAUCAAUGGCAAAAUGAUAAUGUCUAAAUAAUCUUUUGAUGUGGAUUAUACUGAAUAGUGCCAGAGAUGAGUUUUAUAUUGGAGUAAAUAGAUGCUUUCAUUUUCUUCUACAAACUGAUAUUUCUCUCAUUAAGUACUAAAAUAUUUUUAUUUAAAAAAUUAUAAAUAUGUCUUAGACUGUUUAAGUUGUAUUCAUGAUGUCAAAAUGGAGGAUUCAGCCACAUAUGACAUCACACAAUCAUGCGGGUGAAUCAUUUGGUCAGACUCUUGUUUUUUUUGUACAAAAAAUCCUGAGCCAUUUUAUAACAUAGCAAACUUAUUUUAAUUUUAAAUGCUACCUGGGUGCUCAGCUAUUGAGUCGGCAAAAACCCAAGCAUUUAAAAAUUUUAUUAAUAUCUCACAUCUUUUAGGACUGACCCAAAAAAAAUUCAAGGUUGUUGGCUUGGCCAUAGCUUUUUUAAACGAAAAUGAUUGUAUAAAAUUAAUGAGGGCCUUUGGCUAUGGCUCCAUUGAUCAUAAGUGAUUUAAAUUUAAGAAUAAAAUACUUUUAGCUAUAGAUGAAAUUCAUAUUUAAGUAUGGGAUAAAUUUUGUUUUAAGGGUCAACGGAGAAAGGUUACAGACCAUAUGAAAUAAUUCCUUAAAACUUCAGUUACGGUACAUAAAGAAAUAUAUAACUGGGUUGUUGUUUUAAUUUUGUGCCCCUGUCAAAGCUCAAUGUCUUAUCUAAUAUUAGUAUAUCAUUUCCAGGAGUUGAACACCAACAAUGAGAUCAACGACUUAAUCAAAUGAGUUGCUCUAAUUUUUAUGAUUCAGAGCUUGGUCAGAUUCAUUUGGAAAUAAGUGAAAGCAAGAAAUAGGUUUGUAACAGCGUGAAUAUUACGGUAGAAUUUGAUGGACUUUUGAUGUCUACAUUGUAGCUAGAAGUAACAAGGUGGUUGCUCUAUCAUGCUGAAAGGGGAAAUGACAGGGUCAGAGUCACCGGGUUUUUUUUCUCUGACUGCUUUUUUUCUGGCUUUGUUUUAAGUCCAUUGAUGAAGAUGUGCUGGGUUUUUUUUCCUUCUCGUCAUAUUUAAAAUUUCACUGCAUGCUUUCUUCCUGGGUAAGUGCAGUUGCACCCAUCUGCUUUUGGAAAUGCAAUCAAUUUAAAUUUUUUAUUUAAGAAAUACAACUAUGUAUGUGAAUAUUCUUAGUUUUCUUAAGCAUGCAUUCAGUUCUGCCACUAUUUAAACAACACCUCUGCACACUGCUGUUGGGUGCUUUGUCACAUUGCUAGCACUAAAAACUCAAAUUUGUAUUUUUUAAAAAGUACCGGGUUUUACUCAUGAGCUUUAUUGAUAAUUUCAACAAAUUAAAUGAAGUUCUCUCCAAUUAUAACCUCAUUUGUUUAAAAGGGAAACAAGGCUGGCCCACCCAGGACUAGGAUCUAAUAACAUUCCCCACUUGCAUUUGAACUUUCUAAGGAGCUUGAGAAUAUUCAAAACUGUCUUGUGUAUUUCCAGACCGACACAGGGUUGGAAUUUAAUUUCUGGCACUUUUUAAUAGGUGGCUGGUGGCCUCAGCCAAUCAUCUCCAGUGUACACAUUUGUCAAGAGGCCUCUCAAAAUUCAUACAGUGUACACAUUUGUCAAGAGGCCUCUCAAAAUUCUUACAGUGUACACAUUUGACAAGAUGCCUCUCAAAAUUCUGACAGUGUACACAUUUGACAAGAUGCCUCUCAUCAAUCAAAGAACAGCUGACACACGGUAUACUACUUUCUUUUUUUAAAAACAAUGACCAUGGCCUUCUGAAUUUAACUCUGUUUGCCUUUGCUUUAUCAACAGUUGAUCAGAACACUAUUGAAAAAUAUAAGGAAUGAUUAUGUAUAUGAAAGUAGGACAAGGGAGAGAGAGAAUGUGCUUAUUUUAGUGUACAUAUUCAAACGGGAUGGGAUGGACAUAAUUCAGUUUUGUUAUGAAAACUAUUGUGCCAGUAAUAAGUGUCUGAAAGAACUUGAAAGAAGAGAGCGACUGUUGCUUUUGAACAUGCUUAUCCCUGCCACCCUUUUAGCCAUAUACGUAACCUUUGUAAUGUAGUUGUGUUAUGCUCAUCUCAUUGAUGGUUGUUUUUCUUUAAUAUGCCAGUACAAUUAUUGUAUAAAUAAGUUUGUUAUUUUGGUAUGCUGUGGGCCAAGAUGGUGUAACUAGGCCAGUUUGAUACAUCUGGCAAUUACUGUAUGGCUGGCUAUUAUGUUAAAGCAGGCCAAUGAUAAAAAGCUAGACCUUAAUGGUAUAGCUGGCCAUUUUGGUAUAGCAGGGCCAUUGUGUUAAAGCAUGUCACUGAUACAUAGCUAGACCGUUAUGGUAUAGCUGGGCCAUUGUGUUAAAGCAUGUCACUGAUACAUAGCUAGACCGUUUUGGUAUAGCUGGCCACUUUGGUUUAGCUUGCCACUAGGGCAUGCUAGGUUUAGUGAAAAAGAAAUGUACCAUAAGGGUGUGCACCUCUGCUUUAUAACCACAUGAAAAGUUCACAGAGGUGACAACGUAAACCUUAAAAGUUGUCAGAGGUUUGUUGUGGGGUUUAAAAUAAACCUGUAUGAAGUGUUUGUGCUGAAAGUCAUUACUUGAAGUGAUAAGCUGGCAUAUCAAGCUGUACUAAAAAAAAAAUAAUGUGGCAAUGUAAAAUGUUGUUUUAGGUGAGUCCAGAAACAUAUGGACUUAAUUUUGACAAUUUUGCUUGGCCCUACAUGAUGUAAAGUGUGUAGGCCCCACCUAUGGUGUAAAGUGUGUAGGCCCUACGUGUUGUGAAGUGUGUAGGCUCUACGUGUUGUAAAGUGUGUUGGCCCUACGGGUUGUAAAGUGUGAAAACAAGUUUUGUACAUUUGCGUAACUAGCUGCAGACCCUAGCUUCACAACCGUGUUUGAGAGAAUGAAAUCAGAAAAGUAAAAUAAAACUUUAUGAAAAAUUCAAGCAUGUUUUAAUGUGAAAGGCUUUCAUUGAUGGAAAACUGAAAGUGCAGCAGAU